CACAGACGACAAUUGAUGUGGUUCCAUUUUUGGUCACAUCCUAAAGAUUAUCUUGUAGAAUUUAAGAAAAUGAAUCAAUACAUAGGGAAAUUUGACAGAGUUCGUCGUAUGACGUUUUAGUUUUUUCAUAUCCAGUCUUUAUGAACGAUUCAUUACCAAAUCAAGAGGAUUUCAAUUGUUUAAGAUUCAUUGCACGAUGAAAAAGAAGGUCCUAGGACUAGGUUUCAGUUGUUAAGAUGCAUUACACAGGCAAACGCGUUCUGUGAGAGAAUUUCCUCACUUUCUUGGAUUUUCAGCUACCGAGACAGAUAGAUAAUGACAAAGUAGAUUCUCUUUGAACCCGCUACCGCUUGUAUCAUGAUUUCAACUUUUCACGCGAAAGAAACUUGAACACCAAAUACGCUUGCCAGUGCAGUAGGCGCCACGCAAUUUACGCGACGGCAAUGGCUGUUAAAAAGCGGACUCAGAAUGGCGCAAAAUCGCAAAUCGAAAACUGGAGAAAAAUUUGAUUUGUCUGAAAGAGGAUUUCUAACUUCUGACGUAACUGACAUUUUGGUUAAUCUCGUCUUGUUGGAGUAAUUAAGGGAUAUUAUAAAGGAAAGGACCACGAGCACGACCAUGACUACAUCGGCGGCACGGAAGGGGGCGGCUCUUCUCCCUCUGGAGGAGUUCAAGCGAAUUGUCCGAGGACGCGGUUUCACUAGAGCAACUGAGCUCAAGAGCUGGUUGCGUUCGGCCGAAUGCCCCCAACGGGUUCCGAAGAAUCCGCAUAAUGCCUACCGUUUGCAAGGAUGGGUGUCUUACUUGGAGGCGAUGGGAAGGUCACGUGCGAGGCACCAGGAAAUUUCUAGCCUCGAUGCAAAUGCAGGAGCGGCGUCAACGAGUGUUUCGGAGGACGACUCCCUGAGCCGUCGCUUUCGCAACUUUAGACGUGCUGAUUCUGCAAUUGCGUGGGUCGAGGGCCUUCUCGCUGAGUUUGGCUACGAAACUCAGAGGCUGCCGCGGCGGUUGCACGGUAGUUUACUCGUGAGAGAGACACUGCCCGAUAGUGAGAAUGAUGGCGAAUCUCGUGACAAGUGGUGGGCGCUGCAGAUACGGAGUCGCAGCUCAUUGACGUCAAAUACGAGGACGGUAGUAGUGACGACGAAUCAGGAAUCGUGUGCGGGCAUGGGAUUCUUAGUUGUGAAUCCCGCGGCAAUGCAGGCUCGUGCGCUGCUUUUGUCUUCGAGGAAGUUGCGGACUGCAAGCUCUGGAUUCGGGAGGCCCCGGCGGCUCUGCUUUUCUUUGCCUACUGCGCUGCCAUCUGUCAUCGGGGACGCAGGGCGUUUGAGCUUUCAUAAUGAGCUUCGCGACACACUUAGACUACUAAGCUCAAAGUCGCGACUCGCGUGGUUAGCUGAGCUGCCGGGAAAUGAGCAAGCCGUCCGGCGGCAAAAGUUGUAUUUGGAGUUCAUGGAGACUUUGGUUGCUCCAAGUGGAUUCCAUGUCGAGGAGUCCUUGAGAUUUGCAGACUCAUACGACUUGGUCAUUGAAGGCCGCAAGUGCGUGGUUCACUCGUGUUGUGUGUCUCAGAAGGGGCGAAGGGUGCCAGCGCUCAACGUGAAGCGUAUGCGGGUGGUCGACGGACACAGGGUUUCGUUUCCGCUGGGGGAAGGCGAAGGCAUAGACUUCGUGAUUGCUCUCAUGUACAAUAAAGAGGGGGGCCUCACAGGUCUCUUCGUUUUUCCAUAUGCAUACCUUGCGAAGCGUGGAGUCGUUACGCAUCAAUCCUGUGCCGGUCAGACAGUGAUGAGUUUGUAUUUGCCAGGAGCUCAACAGCCAUCUUCCUUUAGUAGAAACAGCGGUUGGACAGUGAAACGUCAACAGCAGACGAAAAUGGAGCAGUCUCGUUUUUAUUUUGACAUGGCGAGGAAUGAGAAUGUUGUUGAGCCAGAGAUGAGUAUGUUGAGUAAGCUCUCCACAUGCCCCUCAUGUUUGUCAGCAUCCAACAGAGCUUCCUUGAUUACGAAAUUCCAGGAAAUCAUACUCGCGGAUUACACAAAAUUGAAAGAAGGAGAAUAAACGCAUUGCGCCGACUACACCUGAAUCUUAUGCGCGUUGCUGAAU